AUGACUGACGAGAAGAUAAUUUACGGAAAAGCUGAAGUGAAUGAGGCAACACUUGAUUACUGCAUCAUAGGACCGGCGAAUGGUCCCUUAGUUAUUACCCUUCACGGAGGAAGGGGCUUUGGAAGCAAAGAGGGAGACUUCGAGGUCUACUCGAGACUUGCAAAGUUCGGUUAUAAGGUUUUAGGUUUUGAUUUCAGAGGCCACGGAAAAUCGUCAUUUACCCCACCAUUCACUUUCUCACAGAUAGUUGACGAUAUCGAUGCAAUGCGAAAGAAAUUCAUAAAUGCCGGAGAUAAAAAAUGCAUUAUAAUUGGCGGUAGUUUUGGUGGAUUUAUUGCCCAAAAGUACGCUUUAACUUAUCCGGAAAACCUUUCACACUUGAUUCUUCGGGGAACUGCUCCCAGUUAUCACCAUGAGGAAGCAGCAUUUAUCGAACUUAAAAAAAGACUACCAAAUUUACCAAUUGCCUCUGUCAAUAUGCUUGAGAAAGUAUUUUCGAAGUUUGAGAGUGAUGAAGAAAUGCGACUAGUUAUGUUUGCACUCGGUCCCCUUUAUUCUGAAUCUUACGACGCAGAUGCUGGUCUUAGAUCAUGCCUCGAAACUAGAUAUAAAGCUGCAUCUCACAACCAACUAUACUCCGAGCAGGAGAAAUAUUUUGAUUAUCGACAGGAACUACCAAAUUUGAAAAUUCCAACCUUUAUUUUUGAUGGAGAAGAGGAUUGGAUAUGUCCCAAAAGUCAAUCUGAAUUGCUCCAUAAGUUGAUUCCUAAGUCAGAGCUCUACAUUUUUCCAAAUGCAAACCAUAGUGUCCACCGGGAGUUCCCUGACCUUGUCGUAGAGAGAAUUCGAAUAUUUCUCAACAAGGAAACAAACUGA